AUGUCGCACCGUACCCUAAUACCGACCAUCUCUCACCUAAUGUCCCUACCCACUACAACACCAGUGCCGGGUGUUCUCAACGGCGCGUCAAUUCCUUCACACCGUCCUUCACGAGGCGGCCACAGAGGUGGCCCUCGACGAGGGAGAGGUGCACGACCACUAGGUGCGCUUCGGGAUGGUCUACCGUCUCCUUCAGGUCACCAACACGGGUUACGCGACGUGCUCGGUAGCCCGACUGGCGUGUCUAGAGGUAUGGCUACGGCUGCAAUACGUCCCGUGGUGAAAGUCCACGUAGCACAAGUGGAAAGGUCCGCAACGCCGUCUCCUACUGGAACUAUAGGACGGCAUUUCUCAGACAAGACGUUCGCAGAUGCGCCGAUCUCGAAUGCAUCCAAGGCGGGGAUAAAACACAAGUUCUUGUCUGAUGUCCAAGCUGCUACGCUUGACGCAGCUUUGAGUGGGAAGGAUUUGUUAGUCCAGGCUAAGACGGGAACAGGAAAGACUAUCGCGUUCCUCCUUCCUGCCAUCGAGCGUCUUCUCAAAGCACCGGCUGCCACACGUCAAGGCAUCUCCAUCCUCGUUCUAGCCCCUACAAGGGAGCUUGCGCUCCAGAUCGAAAAAGAAGCACACAUGCUCCUAGCACACCACCCAUUCAAAGUCCAACAUGUCAUCGGAGGGACCAACGUAAAUACCGAGUCUACACGUGUGCUCUCCUCUCCUUGUGACAUCCUCAUCGCGACACCUGGUCGUCUGCUUGACCACCUCCGCUCCUCGGCCCUUCCAAGCAAACUCUCAGGCCUCAAAACGAUCGUAUACGACGAAGCCGAUCGACUUUUGGAUCAGGGGUUCAAAAACGACCUCGACGCCAUUCUCGGGUUCUUACCACCGAAGGAGACCCGGCAGGCACUGCUGUUCUCUGCAACGAUUAGUCAGGAAAUCAAGAAAGUCGUAGCUGGGGCUCUGAAGCCUGGGUACACGUUCGUGAGUACGCUGUUGGAGGACGAGGCGAAUACCCAUGAACACGUCAACCAAACGUUCAUCAUAUCCCCUCAAACAUCCUUCCUUCAAACUGCACUCGACGUCCUUCAAGCCGACCUUAUUUCCCACCGCUCUUCCUCCACUUAUGAGUCAACCUCGAAGUGCAUGGUCUUCUUCCCGACGGCGCGCCAGGUUUCCUUCGCAGCCGAGGUCCUCUCCCAGCUACCCGGUCUUCCGCCUAUCCUCGAGAUCCAUUCGAGGAAGAGUCAGGCUGCCCGCACCAAAGCCGCCGAAGCGUUCAAAAAGGCUACGAGCGCUGUGUUGUUGAGUAGCGAUGUCGCUGCACGAGGGAUGGAUUUCCCUGGUGUGACCCUCGUCCUCCAAGUCGGUUUACCCGCCUCGGCCGACCAAUAUAUCCACCGACUGGGACGUACAGGACGUGCGGGUGCAGGUGGGCGAGGGAUUCUCGUCCUUUCUCCCGAAGAGGAGUUUUUCCUCCGCACACCCGCGGUCCGCGCGCUUCCCCUCAAACCCGCCACCCCUCCAUCGUCGUCGUUGACUUCGAACCCCUCGUCAUCAUCAUCCACCGCCCUAACCAAAGCCAUCGCCAAAGUCUCGCCCGAGACCAAAGCGCAGGCCUACCGCGCCUUCCUGGGAUACUACAAUGCGUACACGAAACCGAUGAAGAUGACCAAGGCCGAGCUCGUUGAGAUGGCGUGGGUGUAUGCUGUGGGUGCGUUGAGGUGGGAGAAGGCGAAGGGUCCACCGAGUUUGGAAGCGAAGACGGUGGGGAAGAUGGGGUUGAAGGGCGUGCCGGGGCUGGUUAUUGAGAAGGGGCCGAGUGGGAGGAGGAGGGAGGGUGCUAGUGCUGCUGCUGCUGGUACUGGUGGUGCGAUUGGAGGAAGAGAGGGUGCGAGAAAUGGGAGGGAGGGAGGAAGGCGAUAG